AUCCUGAGAAGAGAUUGAAGAUGUCUUUAAUACUUGUACACAAAAAACUGAAAAAUUAUACAGCCUGGUACACGGCGGUAUAGUACCAGUAGCAAUUUAAAGGGAUACCUUGGACGAGGUUAUGUGCAGUGAUGUGCAGCCGACAUGAGGUUAUGUGCAGUGAUACACAGCCGACAUGAGGUUAUGUGCAGUGAUAUACAGCCGACGUGAAGUUAUGUACAGUGAUAUACAGCCGACAUGAGGUUAUGUGCAGUGAUAUACAGCCGACAUGAUAAAGUUCCAGCAACAACUUUGUUUACUACAAAUCUUUAAAGACAAGGUUGUUGGCAGCCAAUUACAGUUGACAAUUAAUGGCAGCACCUAUUCCGUUCCAAAGAAGAAUCCUGGAGAUGAGGUUAUAUAUAUGGUAUAGUGGCAAAGGCAACCUCGUUUGUAAAAAAUAUUAUGGAUAGGAAGUUGGUGGCCGAUAUACAUAAAGGACAAAUGGUUCUAGGUGUUUAGGUAAAAGUAUUGAUGUACCUAUAGCAAACAUUUUUACAUGGUUAAAAGACUAUCCGAAUGUCUGCUUGUAAGUAACAGCAGCUGUUUUGUCAUCAGGAAAUAUUUAAGGCUUUGCAACAGUUUUCUUGUGUUAAUUUAAAAAAAAAAGAAUAAUGUAAACCAGACUUUACAUUUUUGUAAAAAGCUUUCAAAAAGGAUAAAGAAGUGGCAAGAAAUCUAGAUAGAGAGAAUUAGGAAAUUUAUCUGUUAAUGAGUUUUUCGAGAGUAUAAAACAUAUUUAAAUGAGAUUAAAAAAAAUACAACGAGUAUUUCUUUACUGUGAUUUCUGUUAGUAAUUACCUUCUAAGCAAGCUAUUGUGUUUGAAUCUAUAAAGUUUAACAAACAUGGGACAUCAUUAACACAACAUUAUAAGGUGAAGAGAUAUAAAACACAUAAAUUAGCCGUUUAACUAAAUUACAUAAAUUGAAGUUGAUGUAACAGAUUUGUUUACAAUCUGUUUAAUGGUUAAAAGCUUAAAAUAGGCGCAUUUACUUUGACUGUGUGAUCAAUUGAAUAUAAAUAUGACAGAAAAUUGUUAGCACAAGGUACAGCCAGGAUAUUUUAAGGAAUUGUGGAUCCAGUAAGAUGAAAACAUUAAAAAGAAGGCUAUCCACAGGAGACGUUCGAAAAGAAGAUGAAAAGAAAACGCCUGCGGAGAAGAAACAAGAAUUUGACGGGAUGAGAUCUAGAGCAAAGUCGAUGGAUAGCGUAGGAAAGCAUCGCUGGUCUAUAAAGAGUCCAAAACUGCGAAAGAAGAAAAAAGGUAUAUUUGAAAUCUCCGACGCUGAGCUUGUUUUCUCAACUUAUGUUGGAACGCAAGAAAGUUUAAAUACGUUGCAGCGUAAACAAAAGGAUCAACUAAAAGAUAUACUCGAAAAACGAGACGACGAAAGUGAUUUACAGAACUGUGAAUGGGACGACAAAGAAAAUACUUUACCAAACAUGAAAAACACAAGGAACCAAGAGGUUAUUGAAGACAAUAUGUCCAAACCUAUUCAGCAGCAUAAUGUUAAUACAGAGGAUAUGAGCGCACUGGCAGAGUUAUUGCUCAACAUUGAAGAUGGAAACAACCUCGCGAGGGAAAACACAAUAACAUUGAAAUUCCCAUCACCCCCCUCAUCUAAUUCAUCACCUAAAAUAAAAACGCCCACAACAACACCACAGGGAAUACAAACUCCCAAUGAAAUCCCACAAUGGCAACAAGACGCCAUGGGGCAAAAUGUCGCAUCCGAUGUCCGCCUGAACGUGGUUAUAAAUGGUGGAAACAGAAAAAGUGGAAUCUCGGAUAAAGAGUUAUUCAAAAAGUUAGAAGCUGUACAGAAUGAAUCUUUGAACCAAGACUCGUGCAACCACGACGAAGCAGCGAAAAUAACUGAGACUGAGGAGGCCACUAUUCAAGUCGUAGCAGAUGUGCACAUGCAAUAUAGCGUUGGCAUGGAAGGCGAUGAAGGAGGGAACAAUGGAGUAAAAGGACACGAAGGAACGAUCAAUGAGAUGGCGGGAGAUGAAGCUGCGACCAAAGUGGAAAUGCUUUCCACUGCAAGCUUUGAGAAAGAUAAAGAAAAUAUCUUCUCGAUAUCCCAACCUGAGACAAGUGUUGCGUCUACAAAUAGAAAUUCUCUCGCAAAUGUUGCCAAUAGCAACUCUUUUGAAAACAUUAUAAUUAACAAAAAACACAGAUUAGCGCCUGUUGACCUUUCUAUUGUCGAUGUGCAAGGACUGAAUCCAGAAAUGAAAUUUUCUGACGAAGUCUUGGGUUCAGAAAAGUUAGUUCGGUUAGGCAGAAAAGAUGUAGAGGAAAAUGACAGCAAUGCUACUACGACACAAGACAUCUUUUUAUCAGCGUCUCAAAACAGAUAUUUGCAGAACGAUAACAAAAAGAUUGACAUAAUAUUCGAUCAAAAUGUUGAUAACAUUAUUCAAGUAAAAAAUAGUAAGAACAUUAAGGGUCAACGUGAUUCACAGACUAACAUUGUUAUUCAUGAAAACUUUUCCGAGUGCAUCGCAGAAUGUGUGAACAAUGCUCCAGAGGCUCGUCUGAAUCUAUUGGAAGAAAAUGACGUCGACCUGCCUACACAGAUAAAUAGUUUACAACAUAAUUACAAUAAUAUAAUACAAAAGACGAAAGAGAUAGAUGACAACAAUAAUAUUGGCGAUAUGAACUUUGACAUAAAAAUGGUGAAUGAUAACAACUGCGCCAAUGACGAUGCACCAACCGCUAUUCGUGAUGGGCAGACCGUGUUGGACUGUGAUGUAAAAAAACGCAAAUUUGAUGACGUCAUCUUGGCGAAGCAAUUCGGCAAUAACAAGAUAACAGAGGAUCACCUACUCGAAAGGGGAGUGCAAAAAGCAUAUGUAAAUGAAAGCUGCGAUAACGAAGAUGAUUUUGAAAACAUAAGUACGCCAGUUAAAAAAGAAAGAAAGGAUUCUAUCUUACUGGAGAUGGAUAAUUUUACAUCAAAACAUAUGGCACCAGAAGCUAUGGCAAGCGAAUUAAAACAAUAUAUCGUGAAAGUUGAAAAUAAGAAGGCUAUAAAGGACGUGCGUAUUGAAAAUUCGAAAACAAUAUCACUCACCAUAAAAAGCAGUAAUACUGAAUCAUCAGAAAAUGAUAAUACUGAGGAUGAUUAUAUCUUCGAGUCACCUGUGUUGAAGAUAGUACCGGCUGAAGCUAAAAGAACAUGCUUGACAGUCUCACCUUCUCCUUACAACGAAAUUCUUAGGCCUUGUUACACUUUAGAUGUUAUUAAUACUGAUAAAUCACCAGCAAGUCAGAAAAAUAAUGACACAAGUAAAAAAGGAUUAUGUUCCGCUGAUAUCAAAACGGGAAACAAUCCUGAUGAAGAUCAAGAAUACGAUAUAAUUCAAAAAUCAAUUCAGCAUGAUGAUGUAGACGUCAAUUUGAAUAAAAUUAAUGAUGGUGUCAUUUUACCGGAAAAGAUCUCUGCUACGCAGUCACAUCAAAUCGAAAGCUGGCGCAUUAUAAAAGACUGCGAGACUACUGAGACAAGUAAAGACAUGAACCAGCAGUAUCAAGUAACUACAAAAACAGCAGAGAACAAUUUUCCAAAAAGUAAAGUAAGUUCUAGAGAUGUUGAAUCUUCACAAUCUUCUCGUAUUAUUGUUCUCAUGAAAACAGUACAAGAAGACCUUCAUGCAGAAGAUCAAGUAGUGCUGGUCGAAAGUGUACCAGAAAUUGAAUAUGGACAUUGCCUUCUGCAAUAUGAGGCAGAGGUGCCAGUUGAAGAUCGCAAACUUAACCCUGGUGUAGAAGAUUCUACUUCUUACUCUUCCCUUGUCAUACUUGAUGUUGAAGAAGACUUGAUAGAAGAUAAAGCUUUUACAGACAUAGCUCAAAAAAUUAAAAAUAAUCCUACAGUUGAGGAGAAAAUCGUAGUUGAAGAUAAAAUAAUCUUAAAAAACCCACCAAGAAUACCUGUGGGGGAGAACAUGACACGUCAAAUAACUAUAAAGGAAAAUUUAAGAGGAGAUUGCGAAGGAUUUUCUUUACAAAUUGAAAAUGGUGAAAGUGAUGAAGAAAAGAUAGAUGAAACGGAAGGUGAUUCUAACAAGUGCCAACAGGACUUUAAAAUUUAUGUCCACACUAAUGAAGUUGAGCCAAUUGAGACUUCUAUAAAUAGUAACAUGACAAGCGUACAUGAUUCUGAAAAACUGGGUAAUUUUUUUUCACAGAUGGUUGAAGAGCAGAGUCAUUCUAUUGACGAAGAGGAAACUACUGAGAUUUUCUAUAAAGAUAAAAUGGUAACAAAGAAAGAAGUAAUUGAAAACAUUAUUAGUCAAACCGAGGAUGUGAAUGAAGCAGUAAACGAUUUCAUUGAACCAUUGCAUGAAAAUUCCUCUAACAAAUUACAUAAUCCCUCGUUAAUGCGAGUUAAGUCAGGAGUGAAAGCACCCCGGGAGAAAAAACGGAUUAGUGUGACAGUUCUCCUAGAACAACUAGAUCAAAUGUCCCAACAUUCCGAUGAAGGUUUAGCACGAUUGACUCUUUAUGCAAUCAGUCUCUCAUCCGAUAUUAUACAAGAAGCUUUUCUUGCAAUACAACAUGGAAGAUUUAUGUCAGAAAUCCAAUCAGUUGUUGCAACAACAGUCGAACAAAACAUGAAAGAAAAAAAUAGCCCCGAGAUCGUGAAAAUAAUCAAGCAAGAAGUUGCAAAGGAACCUGAAGUAAGCGAGGGAAGGAUUGAAAGUAGGGACGAGAUUUUGUUUGAGACUGAACCGUCCGUCGAUAUUGGUUCAGGAAUUGAAGUCAAAGAUACAACUACUGAGCUGAUUAGUACAAAUGUGUACAAAACAAGUUACGCUAAAGACAAAGUUCUUACGAGUGCACAUCUAAUAAAUAGAAGAGAUGAUAUGAGAUAUGAUAAUCUAAUAGCUGAGGACGAUAAAAUUGACGAUGAAAAAGUAAUUGAACAUGAAGAGAGCAUAAACCAUGCAAGCAACCAAGAUUACUCUAGUGCAUGUCACGAGAUUAACAAGACAAUCGACAAAGAAAUUUCUAAAAGAGAUGAACUUAUUAGAAAAUUAAUCUUGAAAAUUGCUAAAGCAAAAUCAUAUCCAUCAUUUAAAGAGAAAAAGGAUUUAACUGAGAAGGAAUUACGAAAGUCGCAUCGAGAUGAAGGUAUAAACAAGGAAGAAACAUCGAAAAAGCCGUGCCAAGAUGAAAGCGUAAACGAAAAAGAACAAGAAGAAGAACAAGAAGAAGAAGAAGAAGAAGAAGAAGAAAAAGAAGAAGAAGAAAAAGAAGAGGGAGAGGAAGAUGAUGAAAAAUAUGCUAACCCUCAAUCACGAAGAAUAUCAGAAAUCGCAUUUGUCAUCAUGAAGCAGUACCGGUCAAUGGAAGUUGUUAGCGAAGAUGAAAAUACCAUUGAGCAAGAUGAUCAAGAGGAAGAAAGUAGUAAGUUCACUCAAGCAAAACAAAUCGGACUACGGGAUACACGAAAAGAAGGUGAAAUGUUAGAGAACACCAACGAGAAAAGCCUGAAAAAACAACAGCAAUUACCGCAUCAAAGACAACAUGAAACUCCAGAUACUGAAGCACCUGGAAGAGAGGAUACAAUCUGUUGCAAGCCAUAUCCUCGACCAAUGAAGUUACAGAUUGCAAAAGUAGAAACAAGGCCUAUACCAGCACCAAGAAUAAAAUUCAUACCUAGGAGCCCUUUAGAAAAGCCAGUACCAAAGCCACGACGUUCGUUGCAAAAAUAUAACAAGAUCAUAGGUGACUGUAGUUUGACACAUAUAAUUGAUGAUGAGGAAGUUCAUCAAGUUGCUUUACCAGUAGUGAAAUCAGAAUUUCAUUUUGAUUGGAUGUUAGAUGAAACGGAAGAGCUUCCACUCAUUAUGGACGAAAAGCCACUGACCAAUACGAAAGGGCUCAAAAAACUUUUGAAAAAUCAGAACGUAGUAAUUCAAAACGGGGUCAUGACAAUCUUGGAUGACACUAAAAGUGACGAUAUUACAACUUCUGAUUUUAAAAAUAAGGAAAGCAACACGUAUACGAGCAAUAAAGAUAUCGUUCCUGAAAAUAUCAAAACAAUUAAAAGUAAUUUUGACAUUUCGAUAUCUGAUGAACUAGACACAGGUAAUACAAAGGACCAUCACUCCAGUGAAGUUGUUUCUAAUGAACAAGCAGAACUUAUAGCAGACAACGACAUUCCUGGAAAAGCAGUUUUAAAUGACCAAUCCAGUGUCAGUAAAAUUAUUGAUAUUAAUUUUGAAUUGUCUUCGCUUGAAAAAGGCAAUCUGACCUCGACUGUAGCGCAAGAUGCACAUUCAUGUAAAAGAGAUUCUGAAAACAAGAAUUUCAUUGGAGAAGAUACAAAGCCGAAAUUGAUAAAACGACCAAGACUCAGUGUGGAGUCGAAUCCUGAUGAUCUAAGUGAGAAAAUAAGAAGAUCUAUUCACGAGGAAAGUAACGUUCAACGAAUUUCACUUGUUGAAGUGGAGGAUGGAGAAAUACCAUUAUGGAUGGAAACAAAAGACGAAAAAGAAAGUAUGUCCAGGUUGAAGGAAGCCCAUUUCGUUAAGAAUUUAGAGAAAACUUCUGAUUGUUCUCAACAAAGUCAAACUCAAUUCUUGGAAGAAAUUGUGAAUACAAGCUCAGUUAAAUUUGACCUUUCUGCUGAUGACAUGAUAAAUAUUGCAACAUUAUCUGAGCGGGCAAGUCGAAAUUUAACAGAAUUGAAAGCAACGAGACGUGACAAUUGGCAAUGUACUAACAAAGAAGCAGAUAAGAUAAUACAGCUAAAAACUUUAGAUGAGAAAGCCGACAACAGAACUGUGUCAAAUAUUACGGACGACACCCAGACGGCAGAAACGACGCUAAGUAACGACGACUACGCCGAUCAAUUAAAAAUGUUUACAUAUAUAAAUGCACAAAUUGAGAAAGUAGAAUCGACACAUGAAGAAUAUUCUUCCCCAAUUGGUUUCGGAUCACAAGCCGAAGCUGUCAUUGAAAAUAAAAAUAAUAAGCGGGAUAAUACAAAAGAAAAUGAUGUAUACUCGUCCUCUAAAUAUGUUAAAUCAAGAAUUGUAAAAGGUAAAAUACAAAAGUCAGAGGAUAACGUGGUUUGUCAAGACAUUAAGUUACAAGAAGAAAAUACGGAGAAACCAGAUUCACCUAAUCAUGAAGCAGAAACAGAGGUUGGGCUUGGUAUUCGUGAGAAAACUGAGGACAUAAGAAGAAAUGACGCCAAAUAUAAUAAAAUUUCAUCUGUUGACCAUGUAAAGGAAAAUGAUUCUUAUGCAGCUAUAGACGUAGGUUGUCUUAGAAAAGAUAUGGAGAGUACAGAUUUCGUCGAAGAAAAUCCACUUGAACAAACAUUAUCAUCAGUUGUAGACAUUCGAAGUGAAAUACAGCAGUCAAAUUGUAAAGCUGGUGACGGAGACAAAAAGCCAAAAAGUUACCUGUUCAUUAUCAGUGAUAAAAUUCACAAAACAAAUAUAUCUACCUCAAGCCGAGUUAAAGAAGAUUAUAACAGUCCGGCAGAGCGUACAAAGUCUCCUUCAACCGGUAGCAAUUCACCCGUUAUGAGAGUAUACAGUCAAACGUCGCUGGAUACUCCUUCAAGAGUUUUAAGUCCCGUUUCUAUUUCUAUACCUGUAGACAAGGUAAAUUCCGAUGAGAGCGGGAAAUGCACUUUAAAUGUUGCGUCGAAACCUUCCGCAGUUUUAGUCACUGCGCUUGGUUCAACAAGAAGACGAACUAAUGUCUUUGUAAGAAAGGAAAGUCUCCCUGAAGUAACAUCAGACUCGGAAGAAAGCAUUGUAACUCCUCAUACGACACAUGCUGAUGAAAGCCUUCCAGCAGACAACCUGAAAAUGGUUAACCUCUCUUUAAGUCAAGAUGGAGAUCUUGGAAGUGCCAACUUACUAACUCUAUCUUCCUCAUUUGAUCAACCAACAAGCGUAUCGUCUAUGACACGAAUUGCCAGCCCUCAGCUAAUACAACCGCUGCAAACAACAACUGAUUUUUCCAAAAGCUUACAAGAAAAAGAAUAUGAAAAAAAGAGUGGUUCUGUUAUUUUAGAAAUCAAAGGUGAUCAACUCGUUGAGAAAGGAGAUGCUCAGAGAUACGAAGACCAAACUGUAACCAGAACAAUACCAAUUAAACUCAGCUCGAUACAGUUGAAGAAACCACAAAUGAUUACUUUUGAAUUGCGUUCGGCUGGUGUCAUUCCAAAUAAUAAAAUGUAAAACAAACAUAGUAAACCGCGGGACAAUGCGAAAAAGAAUUCGAAAAAGUAUCAUAUUCGAAUCAAGACGUAUCGUCAUGAGCGGCUUUGCUUUUGCAAAAAAUUACAUCAAAAAAACAUUUAAUUUAGCAUUCAAUUUAUUAAUAUUUACAUAACUUUACUUUUAGCUGUUUUCGAAAGAGGCAAUGAAAAUUAAUCCAUGAAUGUAACAAUUUCAACUUUUACGAUUCGGCACUUACCAUUGUUUUUGCAAGUUUAAGAUGGCUGCAAGUCAUACAACAAAAAACAUAUAAUCAGCAAAAGCAAGGUCAAACAAAGUUCUUAGAAAACAAGCCACAUAUGGUCACAUUUUACACAAUUUAUAUUUUGACUUAAUAAUGCGUCAAAAAGGAAAUAAAGUAAUCAUAUAAGUUUCCAUGUAAAUAUAUUAUUUGAGAUCAUGUUUAAUACGACCUACAAUCGUGGACAAAAAUAUUGAGACUAAGGCAGUUUUUUACUCAUUAUCCAAAUAUUGAAAAAACAGUGAAAUAGUCGAUACUCUGCUGCCGGCAGGCUGCAAAGUCGCUACUUUUGCACACAAGUAUGCCAGGCAGAAAGCGUUGAAAAGUUGCUAGUCACAUUCUUUAGCACGCCCGCACACCGAAAUAAGUUCUAAGUCCACUCGGAACAUUGACAAUUUAAAGAUGUGUGAAUCUAAUAUAGAAUGAGCCUACGCAAUUACUUGUGGUGGCGAACUUCGAAAUUCGUCGUCUUGUCCCAACAUAUUGUGACCACGAUUGUAGACACGCUUUUUUCGUUAUCAUUUUCUUUGCCAUCUUAAGAGAUUUCGAAAGGAAAAAACUGCUUAAGAAUUAUCGUCACUUAUUUAUUUUAAUCAGCACGCUCGUGUAAAUUUAAUUAAGUUGUUAUGCGUUAUUCGAACAAAAUUUAGAGUGGAGGACAUAUUGGAAAAUUGGACAGAACUUAAAACAACGCCAAACUUUAUCAAAGAAUUGAGCCGCAAAACCAACACUAAAAUUUUGUCCGUAAAACGCAAAUAGUGUUUUUACAUACGAAAAUACUUUAAUGUUAUACUUUUCAUAGAACUAUAAAAGAUUAGAAAUAAAUUUCUUUUUUUGUUACGUCCUAA